ACACAUACGUUUAUUCAUAUAGAUAACUGCGGGUACUUUUGGGCCAGUUAAACAGCUGUUUAACAGAUAACUGAAAAUAAACUCCUUUGUCGGUCCUUGGCGUCUGGUUUCGAGACAAUUUUAAAAUAAAUUCCAUUUUAAGACUUUCUGGGCAUAGACUACGGAUAUAAAAUUCGAUCCUUUAGGAAAACAGUAAAUAACAAUCAGCUCGUGUUACUUAUUACUGGAAUCACACUAGGGUCUUAAUCUAUUUGUAUGGACAGGCAUGCCCGUAUUCAGCCAUGGUGAACAAUAAUGGCAAUGAGUUAUUUGAUUGGUUGACGUUAUGUAUUUAGUUUUUGCGGUUGUUGUUUCUAACAAUGGGCAUAUGAAAAGAGGAUAUUGGAUAGACGAAAAAAACAAAUAUUUUUUCGGAUUUGAAACAUAUAAUAGUACAUUCCUUGUCCCUCUAAAGUGCUUUUAUCCAGAAGCUUCGGGGGCUACCGGUCUGGCACCUGGCUAAGACGUCACCCUGGACUCCACAGGAAGCCUUCCAGUCUUCUGGUCCUCGUGUUUAUUUAUUCUGGAUUGUUACAUCAAUUUCCUCAGAGUGCCCCAUCCCAUCUAUUGUUGGAAAUUAGUGUUGAUUUCUAAACUUUAGUUAUUUAUCUAAUUAAGAAAAUUAAAAAUGACAUGCCUUACGUUUCAGUUGAUUAGAUUCUCUGAACAGACGAUCUAAUUUUUGUAAAAUAUACUUAUUUAAUUAUAGUACAAAUAAAGCAACAUAAAUUACAUGACCAGAUGAUGCUCACGGACAAGAACAUUGACGACAUUCCAUAACGCCAUCUACUCUGCGGAUUCCACGAACUAACUCUCCACUGAAUGGUUCAUGUAGUAUCGUGGGGAUGGCUUCCGACACUAACAUCUUCACAGAAAAGCAUACCAAUAACUGGUUUAAAGCGUGCAUCGCCCUCAAUUUUACAAAGGAAGGAUUGACUGACUUUGUUCUGACGGAAUUACAUAACGUCCAAACAUUAGUUGGUAGAUGUUGUGGACAAUGCUUUAUUCAAAACCUCAUACCGUGUCCAACUCAGGACGUGUGUAAAAAGCGGAAACGAAAUAACUGUUCUUUCCACAAUUCACUACAACCAACGUCAUGCCAAACAUGUCAUAAGGUGAAACAAAAUAUCACAUUGUUACACAGAUUUAAUGGGUCUAGUUGGGCAAACACUAAAGCUGAAAGAUGGGCAAUGGAUCCGUGGGAAAUUGGCAAAUGCUACCUCCCACGGGACGGAUAUAGCAGCGUAUCCUCGGUGCAAGAAUCUGACUUCAAUGGUGUUGUUAGCAUUGUGUUGAACUGCACGCAUUUCCAGACAUGCCUCUCCGCCGCAUGUCUAUCUCCGCCUCCACCUGAUAAGCAAUGCCCGCUAGAAAAGCGAUCCUUGCUCCCUCUAGGUCCGUCAAAUAGGCCGAGAUGUACGCCACACUGCAGACUGCAAGGUCACAGAUGCUGAUCUGCAGUACUUCUUUCUGACACUGACCACCCUACUUGCUGAUCCAGUCCGCUUAUUGCAUGAUACCUCAGCGACAAAAGCGCGCAGGAAACUCAGUGAUUUGCAGAAUGAUCGUCUUUCACUUGUUGAUUUGGGCAAGAUGUUGAAAGAAGCAAAUCAGACCCUCACACAUGCAAAAGAGGCCGGAGAACGUUUUUCCGAAGAGGCUGAAAGGACCCUGAAAGAAGGUCUGAAUACCUUAGAGGCUAAAAUACAGACUGGGAAAAAACGCCUUGAAAACAAAACACAAACUAGUGAACAACGAAUUAAAAAAAAGGCACAUCAUGGUGAACAACGCCUUGAAAACAAGACACAGGCUGGAGAACAAAGCAUUGAAAACAAGACACAGUCUGGAGAACAAAGCAUUGAAAACAAGACACAGGCUGGAGAACAAAGCAUUGAAAACAAGACACAGGCUGGAGAACAAAGCAUUACAAACAAAGCACAGGCUGGAGAACAACGCAUUGAACACAAGACACAGGCUGGGGAACAGAGCAUUGAAAACAAGACACAGGCUGGAGAACAAAGCAUUGAAAACAAGACACAGGAAAGCAUCAACCGCAUAAAUCAAGCAGCUAUUGAAAAGGAAUUAGACGAAUACGAGCGUAGCGUAACAGAUCUUCUCAAGCGAUUGGUGAACCAUUACCGUGAUACCGUUUGCUACGUGCCUCUGUCUACUUUGGAUCCUAGUCUCGAUAAGCACGUACAAUACGUCUAUGCCACUCCAAAAAUACACAGGAUGAAGAUAGAGAAUGAUGGUAGACGCACACAACAGGAAGAAAUAUUUACAUACAAAGAUUGCUUUUAUAGAGGUGAUAAUUUAUGUAAACGUACAUACUUACAAGGCGAGCCGGGAAGCGGCAAGACAAGUUUUGCUGCCAAGUUAGUUGACGAUUGGUGUAACGUGCAUGAGUCCUCGAAUGAAUCUACAAAGGAACAAACGGCGUUUGUUGAUGUUGAUACCCUUCAUAAAUUCAAGUUUCUCUUCUUCAUUUCGUUGCGCGAUUCGAGAGAACAGACACUUGUAACACAUAUGAUACAAACUCAGCUCAUCUACAAAAUCUACGCGGCAGACGAAUGGGAAAGCGCGUAUAAUCUAGUCUUAAAAAUAAUGAGAAAUGUGAUGUAUCUUGUUGUUCGAGACGGUCUGGAUGAGUGGUCUGGUAAAGAAGCUCUGCCAUCUAUGGACGGUAUUCCUAAAGAUCAUUGCAUUGUGCUCACAACUUCUCGACCAUGGAAACUCGCGGAUGAACGUAUCAAGAAUUCUCAAAUAGACAUAUUGUUGGAAGUCUACGGAAUAAUCGAUUCCCAUGGAUUCAGUAAAAUGAUACUACGACAUCUUCUUGAUGAAACAAAGGAUCUUAACGAAACUGUGGAGCAGUUUCAGAAAUUUCUGAAGAGUCGUGACCUUGAGUCGAUAUCAUCUUCGCCUAUGCUGCACACGCUUGUCCUAUGUACCUGGGUAGAUGGUAUGGCUGAGAGUAUCACCGGAUCGUCCACGUGUGAAUUGUACACCACCCUGCUUGAAAAUUUAUGUAAAAAAGCUAACCCACAAAUGAGUUAUUUUGAUCAAUACCACCCAUCACCAGUAAACUUCUUUUCUCGCACGAAGUAUGUUAAACCAAACAUGGAACAUAUAGAGGCCAUAGCAAAAGCUGCGUUCUCAUUUUUGUUUUCAAAUGAAAAAGAAACAUCACUAGUGUUCAGCGACAUUAACCUUUCAGCUCAUGUUUCUGAAAGUACAAAGCAGUUCGCCCUAGAAUCAGGAUUGAUAUCCAAAAGAAAAAGUAAAAGAUGUUAUGAUAAAACAAGCUCGUUUGUUCACAAGACUGUUCAAGAAUUCCUAGCUGCUCUUCACAUCUCCAACAAUACACACGUGAUUGAUGACAUUAUUUCCGAAUAUCUCAAAAGUGAUAGUGAUUCCUAUCUAGUUAUUUCUCAAGUUUUUAUAUUCCUUUGUGGCUUCAACAUCUUGGCUGCUAAUAAACUAUCUGCACUGACGAAUCAGGUCAACGAUGUUCGUGAUGUGUUUUAUCACUUUUAUUUACAAAGCCUCACCCUCUUACAUUAUCACUUUGGUUUCCAAAGCGUCAUCCUCUCAGGUUAUAGGGAGGCUGUGGCAAACAAGAACACUCCAAUAGACCUACAUCUGAGUCGGUUUUACCUUUGGCGUAAUUAUGAAGAUUUGAUCAACAUCUUUGCACUGAACACUCCACGGGCUCGAAUUUUAUGGGUUUCCAAUCAAAGCAGACCUGUAAUAAUACGUUCACAAGACGCGUCGACUUAUCUUUGUCAGGGACCUAGACCCGUCUCAUUAGCUGCACGUGAUUAUGCCGACCCCUCUACAAGAGCGAAGCAGAAAGAAGUCAGAUCGUCUGCAUCUUGUUUGGAAUUCGACGUCUCAACGUGUCACAACCUGGAGUGGUUGGUGCUCGAUGGUGAUGUAACUGUGCAACCGAAUGCACUUUCGAGCUUGAAGAAGUUGAAAUAUCUAAAAAUAGGUAGGGAUUGUAAAUGUGAAGCACUUGACAUAUCACAUAACGAACACAUAGAAUCAAUUUAUAUCGGAGAAGGAGUAAGUUUACUACCACACUCAAUUACUAAUUGUAAGAAUCUAAAAUGUAUUGAAAUACUCUCAGCUUAUAAAGAACUAGAUUUGGCAAUGUUAAAACGAUUAAAUUCGAUAACAAUCAGCAAACAAGUGCAAGUGUUACCGAAUCAACUAAUCAUUCAUAAUAAUCAAGAACUUAGCUAUAUUGGUUUACAUGAAUUUGAUUUCAACAGGCGUGACAAUAAAAACAUUCAUACAUGGUGUUUGCUAAACGGUGCUGAUCCAGCACUGUGUGCAGACUAUACUCCAGUACUGCCCUCCAUAAAACAAAUUGAAUUGUUAAAUGUUACGUGUUCCUCCACCUGGCUACGCAGUCUGCUCACCACACUGUUUACACUCGAUCAUAGUGUGAAGUGUGAUCUGCGGGCACUCAAAGUCAGCGAGUCACCUCAUACAGGCGCAAAUAUAACAACGGAUUUAAACAAUACGUGUACAUUCCAUGUCGAUAUCGAUAGCCCUGGUCUAUGGGAGACUCUGCUCGGUCUGAGUGUCAAGAAUCUGAGUAUUUUGGGUUUGGAUAAUAUUUUUAGUGAAUAUAAUAUUAAUCAUGUAUCGUCAUUGUCACGGUCACUAGCAACCCUCUCACAGCUGGAAACGCUAAGAAUGCAUUUAACUGCAUAUAUCGACCUACCGCUUCCUCUAUCAUUGAAUCAUGUGACUGUCUGUUUUGAUACAUUGCAUCCAUCAGAACUUCGCCAGCUGGUGAACAAGCUGUCUGCACGGACUCACUCACUUGAGUGUAGAGUGGAAUUCGUUUGUCGUCAUUUGAAGGACACAAAUAUGAGACAUAUAAUUCCAUCAGAGGAAUACAUACCCAUCCAACAUGAACUCGAAACUAUGCAGCAUGUUGAUGUGGAACGAUUUCGAAUAUAUGACUAUGCACCUUUCACCCAUCAAUGGUCUGCACGUGACAGUGUUGAUGAUGGUGAUCUUGUUGAUGAGAUUGUUGAUAAUGAAUGUUGUAAAGACUUUAUUAAACGAAUUAAUUUGAACUGGAGCAGUGAGAUUGACGGCCUCAGUCGAAUAUCAAUGCGACUUAAGAUUAAGAUCCAACCGUGACCUAGUAAAGUGUUACAUGUGGCAAGACAUUAAUAUUUACAUGUUCUUGUGUAAGUGAUACAUGUGCAUGACAAUAAUAUUUACAUGUUCAUUGUGCAAAUUGUAAUCAUAUUUUUUUUUAAGUUUUUUUUUCUGUCUCAUGCAAAUAACAUGAUUUCAAAUGUUUUAAAUGUUUGUUGUGUGUCUAACGACGAUUUUAUGAGAUUGAUAAUACUAAUAAGAACAGAAGAAUGCUGAUGGCAAAUGAUAAAUAAGUUUGUGCUGCAUUGUGCAAAUGAUAAGUAAACAUCCGUCUGUCGCCACUUCCUGUUCCCAAACCACCACCGUUGUCCUCUAUUCUGUAGCUGUCAUCACCAGCGUUACCCAUGCUUUGGAAACCAAAGGUAUCGAACAUAUGUUAACUUAUCAGUAACCAAACUAAAAUACAGUGACACAAAGAAGGCACGAGUAUUUUGUUUGAUUAAUGGUUCCAAUGUACUCUGUCAACGCCCACUAAAACUUUUUGAAAAUCUUUCAAUAGAUAGCAUACGCCAACUACUGGUGCUAACUUUAUUUGUUAAGCAUUAACUUUUAUUAUAUCCGUUUCGAAUCCGUAUAGU